ACAUAUAGUACAUCCUAAAUGUUCUUGACUUUGCUGCAGCACUGAUUUAAAGUUUGUUUUUAAUUAGGCUAAGCGGUCACACGUCUUCACUGAUAAACAAUUCGCAGGGCAGAGUUCACCAAACUCUAGCUGUAUCUCUUCAGUACUGAUCACUGCAGAACCAAAUGGCCUCCAGCUUACCCUUUCUGGAUGUCAAUCUUCACCUCUGUGUGAACUAAUGGGUGGAGUUAUGUUUAGCGAUAGGGUAAGGGGUAAGGGUAGGGUGUGAUUAAGUGUCUAUCUCCACCCAUUACCUCCAGCGAGGGGGAGCUAGAGCUCCAGCUCCUCCCAUUUGGCUCUGCUUGCGUUUCUCGUAUCUAAAAGUAAGUCCUUGUUACGAGGUGUUGUGUGAUCGCCCAUUAAGAAAUCCAGGUUCGUUGUUAAAAUGACGCUGUUUAUGAACGCUUGUGCUUUUGUAGUAAAAGUCCUCACUUUGCCCCUGUAUGUUGCAGAGUGGUUUGGACUUCUGUCUUUAUACAAACGCGUCUUUCCUCGGUUCGUAUAUAAUUUCACAUUAGUGUACAAUGAAAUGAUGAAGGACCAAAAAAAGGAGCUAUUUCGCAACCUGGAGAAAUUUUACCUCCCGAAAGGCUCUCUGCGCAUCUUGGAAGUGGGCUGCGGAACCGGGGCGAACUUCGAGCACUACCCGACGGGCUGCAAGAUCACAUGCACUGACCCCAACCCGCAUUUCCAAAAGUACCUGGACACAACUAUGGCGAAGAACGACCACCUCGUUUAUGACAGCUUCAUAGUGGCUUCCGGGGAGAAUCUAAAGGUGGUGGAGGACAACUCAGUGGAUGUAGUGGUGUGCACACUGGUUCUGUGCUCAGUCCAAGAUAUGUCGAAGGUUCUGCAAGAAGCAAAGAGAGUUCUAAGGCCUGGAGGAGCACUAUUCUUCAUUGAACAUGUGGUGUCUGACCCUUCAACCUGGAGUUACUUUUUCCAACAUGUUAUUCAGCCUUUCUGGUAUUAUAUGAACGAUGGCUGUGAUGCAACUCGUACUACUUGGAAGGACCUUGAGGCAGCUGGCUUCUCUGACCUUCAGCUACGUCACAUCCAAGCUCCUAUAUUUUUUAUGAUCAAACCACACAUUAUAGGUUAUGCAGUCAAAUAACAAAUGUGAAUUUAGCAAAAAUUCAUAGUACAUUUCACUAUGGAGUUUUAUAUGUUUGUAUGAAAUAACCACUUGUAUUCAACCAUAAAAUACAAAGUUUUUGUUUCAUGUAAAAAGACAAUCUAAAGAAGACUGCACUGAGUAUUUUAUAUGACUCUUAUCUUUUUACAUGACUGUCUUGGCUGAAAAGCAAGCCAGCGUUUUUGAGUUUAUGCUUAAUGCAUCAAAGAGUCAUACUGCCAUCUAGUGAUUAGGAGAAAUGUGUGUCACGCAAUGUAGCACUUUUAAAAGAAAUUAAACUUUAUACUUUUGCCUUUA